GGGACAUCUCUCGUAAAACUAAAAAUCAUCAAAUUCUUCUUCUUCUCCCCUCUCUCUCUCACUCUCUCACUCACUACUUUCUCUGUUUAAAGCUUCCGUCAUCACACAGAGUACAAUCACUGACACUAACUCCACUUCCUAACGGUUUCUCACACACAUCGAAAAUUUACACUUUUGCCACUCCGGCGAACAAACAAUGAUCACAUGGCACGACCUCUACACCGUCCUCACGGCGGUGAUACCACUUUACGUAGCUAUGAUACUCGCUUACGGCUCAGUCCGAUGGUGGAAGAUCUUCUCACCGGACCAAUGCUCCGGCAUAAACCGUUUUGUCGCCAUCUUCGCCGUUCCUCUCCUCUCUUUCCACUUCAUCUCCUCGAACAACCCUUACGCCAUGAACCUCCGGUUCAUCGCCGCCGACACACUCCAGAAACUAAUCAUGCUCACUCUACUAAUCCUCUGGGCUAACUUCACUCGCUCCGGUAGUCUUGAAUGGAGCAUCACAAUCUUUUCACUCUCUACUCUCCCAAACACUCUCGUUAUGGGAAUACCUCUCUUGAUCGCCAUGUACGGCGAGUACUCCGGCUCGCUCAUGGUUCAGAUCGUUGUACUUCAGUGUAUAAUAUGGUACACGCUUCUUCUCUUUCUCUUCGAAUACAGAGGAGCUAAGAUCUUGAUCAUGGAGCAGUUUCCUGAAACUGGUGCUUCGAUCGUUUCGUUCAAAGUUGAGUCAGAUGUUGUUUCUUUAGACGGACAUGAUUUUCUUGAAACCGAUGCUCAAAUCGGAGACGAUGGUAAGCUUCAUGUUACGGUUAGGAAAUCAAACGCUUCACGGAGAUCUUUUUGUGGUGGUACUAAUAUGACUCCACGUCCCUCGAAUCUCACCGGAGCUGAGAUUUACAGUCUUAACACAACUCCGAGAGGUUCUAACUUCAACCAUUCUGAUUUUUACUCUAUGAUGGGAUUUCCCGGUGGCCGGCUUUCGAAUUUUGGUCCGGCGGAUAUGUACUCUGUUCAGUCCUCUAGAGGACCAACUCCUAGACCUUCGAAUUUUGAGGAGAGUUGUGCUAUGGCUUCAUCGCCAAGAUUUGGGUAUUACCCGGGAGGAGCUCCCGGGUCGUACCCAGCUCCAAACCCGGAGUUUACUGCCGGUACUAAAACCGGUAGUAAAGUUCAGAAAGAUAAUCAUCAUGUUGGAAAAUCUAAUAGUCAUGAUGCUAAGGAGUUACAUAUGUUUGUUUGGGGAUCAAACGGGUCACCCGUUUCGGACAGAGCGGGUCUCCAAGUUGAUAAUGGAGCCACCGAACAAACCGGGAAAUCAGAUCAAGGCGGUGCAAAAGAGAUUCGAAUGAUGAUCUCUGAUCCUCCACAAAGAGCUGGUCCGAUGAACGGAGACUUUGACGGUGCAGAAGAAUCGGAGGGAGUCAAGGAAGUGCCUACCGGACUACACAAGCUUCGAUGUAACUCAGCGGCAGAGCUAAACCCUAAAGAAGUUAUAGAAACAGGUGAAACCGUACCGGUAAAACAUAUGCCGCCAGCUAGUGUGAUGACUCGGCUGAUAUUGAUUAUGGUAUGGAGGAAACUCAUAAGGAACCCAAACACUUACUCUAGCCUCAUUGGUCUCAUCUACGCUCUUGUCGCUUUCAGGUGGGAUGUGGCAAUGCCUAAAAUCAUUCAACAGUCAAUCUCAAUUCUCUCUGAUGCUGGUCUUGGUAUGGCAAUGUUCAGUUUGGGGUUGUUCAUGGCCUUGCAACCCAAAUUAAUCGCAUGUGGAAAUUCCACGGCAACUUUUGCAAUGGCGGUGAGAUUCUUCACAGGACCAGCGGUAAUGGCCGUGGCAGCAAUGGCUAUCGGAUUACGCGGAGACCUAUUGCGUGUGGCCAUUGUUCAGGCAGCAUUGCCUCAAGGGAUUGUGCCGUUCGUGUUUGCAAAGGAGUACAAUGUUCAUCCA